CACACUUCUUUCUCUUGACAACCAUUUAAUUACAACGAUAAUUUAUUCUUUUUUGAUAUUUGAAUUGCCAAUUGAUAUAUUCUUAAGAAUUUUUAGCCUUCAAUUGUCUUAUUGUGAAUCCCCUGGUCUCAAUUAAGUUUCAUUUAUCUCGCCGAAAAUGACCACUAAGCAAUUAGAAGAAUUGUUUGCAUACCCUUCGGAUACUAAGACUAUUUCUCCAGAUGAUUUUGCCGAUAACCCAAACUUGAAACUUUCAGGUAGAGUCAUCAAUGUUAUGACGAUGCUUCCUACCCAAAUCCACAAGACUGCUGAUGAAAAUAAUAAAGAAUCAUGGACUGUGGAGCCUGUCAGAGGUAACUCAGCUCUUUAUUCCUCUCAAUUUUUCCUUGAACAGCAAACAAAGUGGGAAACACAUCUUGUCGCCUGGACUGGAGAACUUGUCAACAAGACUAAAAGAUCAGGAGCCUUGAAUCCUUCUGGCUCUUCGUCUGUAUCAACAGAAAAUAUUCAAGAUGAUCCAUUGUACUUGGAUGAUAAUGAUAAAGCUGAUCUUGAAUCUGAAAUUAGAAAAGCCAAUGGUUCUGACCAUGUUCAUCCUGUUUGGCUUCUUAGAAGAGAUCAAGAAAGAUGGAGACGGUAUGCUGAAAAUGUGUUGUGGCCAGUUUUCCACUACAUUCAAGGACAAGCUUCUGAUGGGAAAGAGGAAACCAAUGAAUGGUAUGACUAUGUCAAGUUCAAUGAAGUCUACUUCAAGAAAAUCCAAUCCAUUUACAAACCAGGUGAUAUUAUUUGGAUACAUGAUUAUUACUUGCUUUUAUUGCCACAAUUGAUUAGAAUGGCAUUCCCAGAUGCUUAUAUUGGUUUGUAUGUUCAUGCACCAUUCCCAUCUUCUGAAUAUUUCAGAUGUCUUUCAAAGAGAACUCAAUUGUUAGAUGGUAUGUUGGGUGCUGAUAGAAUUGUAUUCCAAUCUGAAUCAUUCCAGAGACAUUUUAGAUCUUGUUGUGCUAGACUCCUUGGAUGUGAAGUUAAAGAUGAUAAAGUAUUUGCUUAUGGAUCCAACAUCACAUUGGGUACUUUACCAAUUGGAAUUGAUACCAAGAAGAUUGAGCAUGAUGCGUUUUCAAAAGAUUCUGGAAUUGAAGAAAAGGUCAAAGCAUUACGUGAAGUAUAUGCUGAUAAGAAAAUCAUUGUUGGUAGAGAUAGAUUAGACACUGUUAGAGGUGUAGUGCAAAAGUUGCAGGCAUUUGAAAUGUUUUUGCUGAUGUAUCCAGAAUGGAGAAACAAGGUUGUUUUGAUUCAAGUUUCGAGUCCUGGAUAUUCACAUUCGGCCAAAGUUGAAAAGAAAGUUGCUGAACUUGUUAACCAUAUUAAUAGUGAAUAUGGAACUUUGAACUCUAUGCCAGUUUUGCAUUAUCAAAUGAGAAUCGAUAAAGAUGAAUAUUUAGCAUUAUUAAGAGUUGCUGAUUUGGCUUUAAUUACUUCAAUUAGAGAUGGUAUGAAUACUACAUCUUUAGAAUUUGUCAUUUGUCAAAAAGGUCACAAUUCUCCGUUGAUUUUGUCUGAAUUCACUGGUACUGCUUCAGUAUUACAUGAAUCUAUUUUGGUUAACCCUUGGGAUGCUGUGGGUAUUGCCAAAACUAUUAAUGAUAGUUUCUUAAUGUCUGAACAAGAUAAAUUGGAAUUGGAAACUAGACUUUACAAACAGGUUACCUCUAAUACAAUUCAAAAUUGGACAUCAACAUUCUUGGAUCAAUUAAUUGAUCAGGUAAGUAAAACGCAUCAAUCAAGCUAUACUCCAGCUUUAAACAGACCAUUAUUGUUGAAGAACUAUAAAGAAUCCGAAAGAAGAUUGUUUUUGUUUGAUUAUGACGGAACAUUAAGUCCUAUUGUUAAAGAUCCAGCUGCUGCAAUUCCUACUUCAAGAUUGAAUUCAAUUCUUGACGCGUUGGCCUCAGACCCUAAAAAUCAAAUUUGGAUUAUUUCAGGUAGAGAUCAAGUUUUCUUAGACAAAUGGUUAGGUUCCAAGCAUGUAGGAUUAUCUGCAGAGCAUGGUUGUUUCAUGAGAGAUGUUGGUUCAAAAGAUUGGGUAAACUUGGCUUCUCAUUUUGAUAUGUCAUGGCAAUCAGAAGUUGAAAAUGUGUUUAAAUAUUAUACUGAAAGAACACCAGGAGCGAACAUUGAAAUUAAGAAAGUUGCAUUAACUUGGCAUUAUAGACGUGCUGAUCCUGAAUUGGGUGUUUUCCAAGCUGAAAAGUGUAUGAAGGAGUUAGAAGAAACUAUUGCUACAAAGUAUGACGUUGAAGUAAUGGCAGGUAAGGCUAACAUUGAAGUUCGCCCUAAAUUUGUAAACAAGGGAGAAAUUGUUAAAAGAUUAGUCUUGAGUAGACACGGUGCGCCACAAGACCCUAACCCAAUUGUGGUACAUGACACUGACAUUCCAUUUUCAGAAUUGCCAGAUUUCAUGUUAUGUCUUGGUGAUGAUUUGACUGAUGAAGAUAUGUUCAGAUCAUUAAAAGAAAUUGAAAUUCAAUGGCAUCUUAAAGAAUUCCCUAAGAAUAGUUUUGAUUCUUAUGGUAUGUACCCGGUUGCAGUUGGACCUGCCUCUAAGGAAACUAUUGCCACUGCGCAUCUUAAUGAUCCGGCUUCCGUUAUUGACACUUUAGGGCUUUUAACCGGACAUGUUUCACUUUUUGAAAGUGCAGGCUCUGUUGAUUUGGACGACAGAGGACAUGUUACUAAUAGUGAAUCUUCUAUUAGAUCUAAAUCAGCCAUUCAAGCAGCCAGUGCGGCCAAGAACUUAAGAAAAUAAACUACCUCAGGAAAUAGUAGACUAUAUUUUAUAAAUAAAUAAAUGAAUCUUAAAAAA